GGUCGCAUUCUCCAUCAAACCCCCCCCUCCCUCUCUAAAAUAGUGUGGAAGAUUGAAGAUUGCUGGAGUUUAAUUUAUUCUCUUUCUGUGAUUGAUUGAUCAAAUUAGAAGUCAAAUUAAAUUAAAUUAGGGUUUUGGAUUUGUAAUGUCAAUGGAGGGAAUGUUAUCUGCGAAUGAUGAGCAGAGUAUGGUGUCUUCCUUCCUCGAGAUCGCAGUUGGCCAAACUGCCGAGACUGCCCGUCAGUUCCUGCAGGCCACAAGCUGGAAGCUUGAAGAUGCUAUUCAGUUAUUUUAUGUAGGGAAUGAAGGUGGGGUGGUUGCAUCUGCGUCACACCCUCCUCAAACUGAAACCCGGACAGAUGUACAUGAAAGUGGAUUGAAGGACUUCGGAAAUGAAAAUGUUGGACCUGGUGGUGGAGAGGAAGUACGUGCUCCUUUACCUGUUGUGAGGGAUACCCUCUAUGAUGAUGCCAUGUUAUAUGGAGCGUCAAGGAUGGGACACCCACCACAUGAAGCCAGUUCAUUGAUUGCAUUUCGCAACUUUGAUGAGGAAAUGAAACAUUCUGGGGUCUGGGAAUCAGACCAAGGUUCUACAUCCACAAUAGAUAACCCUCGAGAUAAUCUUGCUUCUUUAUAUCGACCUCCUUUUCAUUUGAUGUUCCAUGGAUCAUUUGAAAAGGCAAAGGAUGCUGCUUCUGUUCAGGACAAAUGGCUUCUAGUGAACUUGCAAUCCACAAAGGAGUUCAGCUCUCAUAUGUUAAAUCGGGAUACAUGGGCAAAUGAAGCUGUUGCUCAGACAAUAAGUACCAAUUUUAUCUUCUGGCAGGUAUAUGAUGAUACAAGUGAGGGAAGGAAAGUUUGUACAUAUUACAAAUUGGAUUCUAUACCAGUAGUCCUAGUAAUCGACCCAAUCACAGGUCAAAAAAUGCACUCAUGGGUUGGAAUGGUACAGCCUGAGAGUUUGCUGGAGGAUCUGGUACCAUUCAUGGAUGGUGGCCCAAGGGAUCAUCACAAAACCCUGUCUCAUAAACGCCUAAGGGGCAGUGCUCUGACUCCGCAAAAAAGCAAAGCUCCGGUGCCUGCUCAUGAAACUAAUGAAGAAGACGAGGAAGUGCAAAGGGCAUUAGCUGCUUCAAUGGAGAGCAUGAAAGAGUCCAGUGCAGUUGCUUCCAAUGAUAAAGAUGAAGCCAGUACCACUCAGGAGGAAGAAAAUUGUUCAAGUAGGAUGCCAAUGUAUCCACCUCUACCUGAAGAACCCAGUGGCGAUAAGAGUCUCCUUUGUAGGGUUGGAAUUCGUCUUCCUGAUGGACGCAGAGUCCAGAGAAAUUUCUUGAAAACUGAUCCAAUACAGCUGCUAUGGUCAUUUUGCUAUUCUCAACUAGAAGAAGCUGGGACAAAGCUGUUUCGUUUGACGGAGGCAAUUCCAGGAUCAAAGAGGCUGGAUUACGAUAGUAAAAUGACCUUUGGGGAGUCGGGCUUGGCCAACUCUAUGAUCUCGGUUGCUUGGGAUUGAAAUCAAACUUCAAGACCUUACUCUUGUGUUCAAGACUUUUGGUUGAAGUUUCGUACAUGUCUGGUCCUUUUUUGCUCUGUUUGGAAAGUUGACCUAUGGAGCCAUCGAGUCCUAUUUAAAAUUAUUUACUCUGUACAUACUGUUAUGUAUUGGACAAGAAUUCACAAUCUAUGUAAUGCGCUCCUGCUGCUCUUGUGGCUUUCGCAGAUA